AUGAAGUCUCCAGGCGGCAUGUUCAUGGAUUAUAUCGAUCCCGCUGUUUUCGGCAGCCAGUUUUUUGGUAUCGGCCAGGCGGACUGUGGUGCCAUGAACCCACAGCAGCAUCAAAACAAGGAAAUCGGCACUACGAACAAGACACAGUCCGCCUCCGGCCAGUACAGGAGUCUUGAUGCCAGCGCUGAUGGCUAUGUCAAGGCCAAUGCUACCAAUAUUGUCUAUUUGAAGCGGCUAGACGAUGCAAUCCGUGACAAUGACUCCAUCCGAGCUGUUAUCCGGGGCGCAGCGGGUCGCAACAACCCGAGCUCAGAAGCUCACGCAGCUGUAACCAAUAUGACUUACAAGGAUACCGGCAUCACUAACUUCCGAACUACGCGAUAUAUUAAGUGUUAUAGAACUAGUACACUUACCAAAAGCCCCAUCAAGGCCCAGGGUGUUGCUUUGGUAUCCGCACCUGGUCGCCCGACUAGCCAAGAGUUGAUGAUCAGGUCAAUAAAGAGCAACAUCGGUCAUUCUGGGGCCGCUGCCGGUAUUAUUAUUAUUAUUAUUAUUCCAUUAUAG